AUGGCCGGAAGAAAUGCAAUAAAUAAACCAAAGAUUAAAAUGUUGGCUCAAAGUCAUGCAAAAUCAUUAGGUAGAAAAAGAGCUGCAAGAAAUAGUAUACAGACAAGAUCAUCAACUUCAAGAUAUGCAUCAAGAGGAACUACUGCCCCAAGACCAACCGAUUCAAAAGCUAUAGCAUUAUUUACAGGUGAAACACCAAAUCCAAUAAGUAAAAUGACUACAAAUACAUUAUCAAAUAAAAGAGCCAAAAAAAUUGCAAGAAAUCAAAAAUAUUUUACCAAAAAACAAGAAGAAGAUAUAAUAAUGGAUGUUAAUAAUGAAUUAAAACAAACGAAAUUAGAUCAAGUUAAAAAAACACUUUGGGAUUUAAUAGAUAGAACUGAAAAAAAUGGACCUUUGGUGGUACCUGAUUCAGAAGGAACAACUUUAGGAGUACAAUCAUUUUAA